AUGGCCGGCAAGUGUGUUCACAAGGGAUGUGGAAAAGCCUUCUCCGAUCCGGAGGAAGAUUGCGUGUACCAUCCGGGUCCCCCAGUGUUCCACGAGGGUCAAAAAGGUAAGUCGAGCCUCCCCCCCGAACCGAGCCCCGUCGAGAAGGUGCCGGAAAGACAGGCUAUCUCGACUGCUGUCGCGCCGACACCUUCUGCCGCAACCCCGCCACCGCCGGAGCCCGACUCAGAUGAUCCUGAUCUGGAGAUCCCUGCCAAUGCCACAUGCCGGCGAAAGGGCUGUGGAGCUACAUAUACUGGAUCCGCCCGUGAGGACGAGAAGUGUGUGCACCACCCAGGAGAGCCAGUGUUCCACGAGGGUAGCAAAGGAUGGUCUUGCUGCAAGCGCCGCGUCCUGGAGUUUGACGAAUUCUUGAAGAUCCCCGGAUGCAAGGAGAAGAAAAGACAUCUGUUCGUGGGCAAGCCCAAGCCAGCCGGCGAGGAGAAGGUGGAAACUGUGCGGAACGACUUCUACCAGACCUCAACCGCCGUGAACGUGUCGCUCUACCUGAAGAAGAUCGAUAAAGAGCGUGCCCGCGUGAACUUAGCCGCCGAUACCGUAACCUUCGACCUUCCUACGACUGACAACAAGCGCUACCAGGAUACAUACAGGCUGUUUGCUCCGAUUGACCCAGCUCAGUCGAGUUUCAAGGUGCUGGGCACCAAGCUCGAGUUGGUCCUGGUCAAGGCAGAUGGCACCAGUUGGCCGGUCCUGCGCAGUGAUGACAAGUGGACUGGACAGCGCAUCCAGAUUGGAAAUGCUGGACGCGCAUAA